AUGGUCUUUGUUUUCAAUCGCUGGAGUUACGGGAUCAGCGGACGGAACAGUCACGGGCUUUGUAAGGAGAGCCUCAUCAGCUCUGUGCAGGCUCGUUUCCGCGACGCCUGCGUGGCCGCAGACGGGGCUGAUCGGCCCUUCCGGAGAGUCGUGGCUUCCGCCAGGGAUCGGGGACCACCCGUCCCGGGCAGGCAGGUGCCGGCGCGCAGUCAGCCCGCGGCUCGGUCUCUGCCACCUCGUGCCUCUCCGGGGCGUAGACCGCCGGGUUUGCUCGCGUCCCGCCCGUCUGCCUGCCCCAGUGCGGUGCUAGGGGCCAGCAGCGCCUCUGCCCGCCGAGCCCGCAGAUCUCGCGACUCUGAAUGCCGACCCCGCGGCGCUGAGCGGCUGACGAGAGGAACACCUCCCGCUCCGCCCGGCCGGGCCCGGGUGCUGAUCCAGACACGGGCAGCCGGCAGCCGCUCACCGAGGAGCGGCCCCGCCGAGACGCCGCUUUCUUGCGCGGGACCGAUGGAACAAGGCAUUGUAGCUCUCUGGUCUCUUGCUCUGCUGGCUUUUGAGCGGUACGUUGUGAUCUGCCGCCCGCUGAGAAAUGCACGCUUGAGGGGGAAGCAUGCAGCUCUAGGUAUUGUCUUUGUCUGGAGUUUUUCCUUCAUUUGGACCAUUCUACCAACAACUGGUUGGAGCAGUUACACCACCAGUAAGAUCGGGACUACUUGUGAGCCUAACUGGUACUCAGGAGCUUAUGCUGACCGUACAUACAUUAUUACCUUCUUCACCACCUGUUUUAUAGUACCCUUAUUGGUUAUUUUGGUAUCCUAUGGAAAACUGGUGCGGAAGUUAAAAAAGGUGUCAGAUGCACAAGGCAGGCUGGGAACUACCAGGAGACCUGAAAGACAAGUGACUAGAAUGGUUGUUUUUAUGAUCGUUGCCUUUCUAAUCUGCUGGAUGCCAUAUGCUACCUUUUCUAUCCUAGUCACUGCAUAUCCCUCCAUUGAGCUGGAUCCUUGUCUGGCAGCAAUUCCGGCCUUCUUUUCCAAAACAGCUACCGUUUAUAAUCCAAUUAUUUAUGUCUUUAUGAACAAACAGUUCAGGCAGUGUCUGAUUCAAAUGUUCAGUUGCAGUGCCAUAGGAACUGCAGAGUCCAACAUGAACCUGACUUCAGAGAGAGCAGCGCUACCGCAGGACAGAAGAGGCAGCGAGAGGGCCCCCAUGGCAGUUCAUAGUACCAUUUCUAAGAGGAAAACUGGAGAUGAACACAGAAGCCGACAACCUUUGGCUCUGUUGACAGCUUCAGAAAACAAAAAGUGUCCCAUGUAGAGCGGGAGAUGGAUCAUUAAUGCAAUGCUACAGUGUAUUUCAUUGUUACGAUCACCUAGGAUAAAGAUAUGUUGUCGCUGGUGUCACUGUGGUCCUGUGGACACCAGCUUUGAGAUCCCAGGCUCCUCAGUGUGGGUAAGAGCUGCUUGGCUCUACGGGUGCAGUCAAACACCCAGCCAUAAAGUGAGUCCCUUCCUCCACUGCAAUUCUCUCAAAUACCCAGCCAUAAGGUGAGUCACUUCCUCCACUGCAUUUCUCUUCCCAAUCCACAAUCAACUUGCAGCAGGUUGUGGCACCACACUACUGUGUGCCUCUCUCCCUCCACUCCUUAAGUGUCUGUUUCUGCUUAAGUCACAUCCUCACUGCUUUAAUUGGGCUGCUGAUUCCAGAAUAAAUUAUUAGCUUGUUACUACACCUCUGUUUUCAGAAGCAAGGACUAUAACACCAAUACUGCUUCUGUAAACAGUGAAAGCUAAUGGAAAUUGCCAGCUUUCUGUGUCGGUAUUCCAUCUCAUAUUUAAUUCACACAAUGAAGUGCAACAAUAUAUUUAGCUUUAGUGGAAUGUCAUUUGCACAUGAAAAGCCAAACCAGGUUAUGAGUGUAAUAAAGACAGACUUCUGUUCUACAAAGUGUUUGGGAUCAUUGUAUGAAAUAUUGCCAAGAACUAAGCUUGUGCUAAGGCACAUUGGAAUUUUAAUCCUGUAUAAAAUCCAUCUUUAAUUGAAUGCAUUUUAGGAGAAAAGGCAAUGUAUUUAAAUGCUUUAGGAUAGAAAACCAUUAUUUCUAGAGAAGACAUUAGAACAAUGCCAGCUGGAGCAAAUAAUGUUCCAUAAUGGUAUAGAGAAGCUACACUAGCUCCAUCCUGUACAGGCCUUAGCUAUAGAAAUGUGAUAUGGAAUGAAUCAUACAUGGUUCAGUUUUACUUCCAAAAACUAGAAUUAUUUCA